AUGCCAAAAUCUACCGGGAGCCACAGCCGAGAAGAUUCUCUCCCUCUUUCAGUUCCUGACCCUUCAUAUUCCCUUUCAUCUUCUCCCUUCACUGGGUCUGUUGUCGGCUCCAUCUCUCGCAAUCGUCGUUCUUUUACUGCCUUGGCUCAAAGAACCUCCAACGCCCUCGCCAAUCUCUCCAUUAGUGGAGCCCCAUCGCUUCGCUCGUCGCCCUCCUCCACCAGCCUCAGGAAUUCUUCCAAGCCCUCGCGGAGUGCGACCCCCUUGACCCCACCAUUGUCCGACAACAAUAGCACUGAGCAAUUGUCGCGUGCCUGCUCCCCGGCAUUGGCCGAUCCGCCCUCCAAUUCCUUUCGCAAGCGUCGCCUCACCCUCCAGCGCGUGGCUACACCUCCCCAAGAUUUCACUCAACUGCCCGGUGCCUCUCCUAAAAUGCAUCAGACAUCGUCGAGGUUGUUGCGCAUGACCGAGGAUGAGCGUCCUUUUACCAAGGAUUUUAUGGACUUGUUCGCGACGUUGAUGGUCAGCUUGAAAUUGGAUUCGCACCGCGUCCGCUUUACGAGAUAUGAUCACACGUUCACUUCGGAGGAGGCCAUUAACAAUCUGGGAUCGCUCAAGUUCUCGCAGUCCAAUCGCAUGCCCGACCCCAAGGACCCGUCUCGCAUCGUCACAACCACCACAACCACCACCUUCUCCAUGGCCAAGGAAAUGGCGCGCUCGGUCUGCCAGCGAUUCGUCGACGCCCGCUUCAUUGAAUCAGUCGAUGGCAAAGCAAUCGCCAUUUUCCCGCUCAAGGGCGCUCUCUUUCAGCUCACCCCGAAAGGUAUCAACAUCCUACAGCGGUUCUGCCAGCGGAACGGUAUCACCGCCCGUCACGUGAUGGAAGUGCUGGAUUCGCCACGCAACACCAUGCAACUGGUGAAUUUGGAACGCGAUACCGACACCGACAAGUUGUCGCAUGAUCGCGCGACGAUCGAAGUCAUCUUCCGCCGGUUUGCCGGGCAGGAUGGUCCCAACAUCAAGAGCAGCAUCUCGACCUCGGACUCGGAUUCAUUAAGUGAUUAUUCGAAUGGCCUGGUUGGAGUGAAAAUGGCCCGGGAACGGAAAUUGCAGGAUGGCAAGAUUUACAACAACACCUUUACCGGAAAGGGUGCCGUCGACUGGCUGAUGGACUGCUCAACGACAAUCGAGCGCCGGGAGACCUCCUUGAUCGCAGAAUUGUUUUUGAAGUACGGCAUGAUUACGAUGAUCCAGGAUGACAAGUCGUUUCCAGAUAUGGGGAGUGCGCUUUUCCAGCCCUCCAAGCAUGCCAUCUACAGCAUCACCGAGCGAGGGCAGCGGGUGUGCGGUUGGAUUGCCCGCGACAAGAAUCGGGAUACGCCUACCUACGACAGUCGUGGUAUCCCGCGGGAUUCCAACAACGCCCGAUUGACCCACAUCCUUCAGGAUCCGGCCCUCCGUCUCCUCUUCCGAGAAUUCCUUCGUUACUCGCUCUGCGAAGAAAACCUGUCAUUUUACCUCGAUGUUUCCGAGUUCACGGCCAAUUACCACAAAGCAGAGAAGUUGGGGACGUUCAACAAGGUUGACUCUAUCCGAGAAACCUUGGCUGCCGCCUACGGGUUAUACAACGCCUUUUUGGCCCCUGGAUCCCCUUGCGAGCUGAACAUCGAUCAUGCUCUGCGCAACAGCCUGGCGGGCCGGAUGACCAAAGCUGUGGGUGAUGACGAGUCCAUGUUCAAGAGUCUUCAGGAGGUGGUGAAUCUCUUUGAGAUGGCCCAAACCUCUGUAUUUAAGCUGAUGUCCAGCGACUCUGUCCCCAAGUUCCUCCGUGAUCCCAAGUACUCAGUUGUUCUACAAGAACAUGACGUGGAUGUUGGUGUAUCGCGCUCAUACUCGCCGACUCCAAGCACGGUAGUUCCAGAACGCACCAUGAGUCGAUCUAACCGCGCUUGA